AUGGUUAACCAAAGAACAUUUUUCGAUGUCGAAAUUGAUGGUAAACCUAUUGGUAGGAUUAUUUUUGAAUUAUUUAAUGAUGUUGCACCAAAAACUACAGAAAAUUUUAGAGUAUUAUGUUUAGGUACACAAUAUUCAAAGAUUACACAAACUCGUCUUCAUUAUAAAGGAACACCAUUCCAUCGUAUCAUUAAAAACUUUAUGGUGCAAUGUGGUGAUUUUCAAAAUAAGAAUGGUACAGGUGGUGAAUCAAUCUAUGGUAAAAGAUUCGAUGAUGAAAACUUUAAAAUUAAACAUUCUGAACCAUAUUUAUUAUCAAUGGCAAAUGCUGGUCCAAAUACAAAUGGAAGUCAAUUCUUUAUUACAACUGCACCUGCUUCACAUUUAGAUGGUAAACAUUGUGUAUUUGGAAAAGUAGUUUCAGGACAAAAUGUUGUAGACAUUUUAAAUUCAUUAUUAACAGAUCAAAAUGAUAAACCAUAUGCAGAUGUUAAAAUAGUUCAUUGUGGUGAAUUGGUUUUAAAAUCAAGUUCACAAAAUAAUAAAAAAGAUUCAGACUCUGAAAAUUCAGAUUCAGAUUCAGACUCUUCAGAUUCAUCAUCAUCUGAAGAAGAUAGAAAAAAGAGAAAGAAAAGAAAGAAAAGAAAAGAGAAAAAAAGAAAAUCAAAAGAUAGAAAAAAGAAAAGGAAAAGAUCAUAUAGUUCAUCAAGUGAUGAUUCUGAUUAUAGUGAUGAUUCUGAUUCUGAUGACGAUGAUGAUGAUAAUAAAAAAAAUAAAAAUAAAAGAGGUAGAUCGAGAUCAAGAUCAAAAGAUAGAAAAUCAUCAUCAUCAAAAAGAGAUAGAUCAAGAAGUGGUUCAAUUGAUGAAUUAAAGGAUAGGUAUAAACCAUUAUCAUCAUCAUCAUCAUCAUCAAGAGGAUAUGAUAAAAAAUCAACUUCACCAAUUAGACAGAGUGAUUCAAGUGGUAGAACUGUAAAGGGUAGAGGUGCUGUAAAAUAUUCUCAAGAUAGAAAUGGUAGUAAUAGAUUUGGUAGAGAAUAUAGGGACAAUAGGGAUAAUAGAGAUUAUAGGGAUAAUAGGGAUAAUAGAGGUUAUAGGGAUAAUAGAGAUUAUAGAGACAAUGCUAGGGAUAAUAGGGAUAAUAGAUAUUCAGACAAUAACAGUAGAGAUGAAAAAGAUAAUGAUUCAAACUAUAACAAAAGAAAAGAAAGAUUUAAUAAUAAUAAUAAUAAUAAUAAUAAUAAUAAUAAUAAUCAUGAUAAUUCUCAAAUAGAUUCAUCAAGAAGUUCUAAUAAUAGAAGUUAUGCCGAUAUUGAUUAUAAAGAUACCUAUUCAGAAAAGGAUUUAGAAAAUAUUAAAAUUACAAUUAAAAAUCAUGAAAAUAAAGAAAAUGAAAGAAAAUACUCUGGAAAUAAUAAUGAUAAUAAUAAUAAUAAUAGUAAUAAUAAUGAAAAAGAAGAGGGAGAACAUGAUGAAGAAAAUGAUUCAUUAAAAAGAAAAGAAGAAACAACUACAACUACAACAACAAGUUCAAAUGUAGCUUCAUCACCAUUAUCAUCAUCUUCAGUACCUAAAAAUGAAGAAAAAAAUGUUAAUUCUUCAUCUUCACCUUUUAGAAAAAAUAGAAAUCACAGCGAUGAUGACAGUGAUCAUUAUGAUGAUGAUGACGAUGACAGAAGAGGCAGAGGCAGAGGAAGAAGAUCCAGAUAUGAUAGUGAUGAUUAA